CUGGUUCAUUUAAUCAUUUAUUUUUUUGAGUAUAGUUUAACAAAUGUAAGUCGACUGAAAAAAAAACCAACUUACAACCUAGCUGGAGAUCUUCAGCUGACUGCAAUGCUUCAAAAUUUGAAUUCAAGCCACAAUUUUUGUUCUGAAGAUACAGAUAAAGUGAAAAAAGAUGUUGAGGAGAAGAGUGAGAAGAUUUAUCAAGAUAUUUUGAAUUAUUGCCAGUGAGUUGGGUUACUGUAGAUUUUAAAAACAAAAUUAAUUUCAGUGAAUUUCAAACAAAUUUCAUCGAUGAUCAAUUUCCUCAUUGUGCUCGAAGUAUAGGAGUUUUUGAAAAAGAGGAGAAAAGUAAGACUUUUAAAUACCCGAUUUUGAAAAUAUAAAACAUUUCUAAAAUCGGGUCCAAUUCCCGCAUUUUGAACUUUUGAAACUUAUUUGAAAAUAAUUAGAUCAAAUUGUUGAUUCGAUCCAAUGGAUUGAACCAAAUCACAUUGUCACCGAUGAUGAUGGUCCAUGGACAGUUUUGAAUAAUCCAACCCCAUCAGAUAUUGAACAAAGCGCAUUAGUAGGGGAUUGUUGGUUAAUGUGUGCAAUGGCUGUAAUUGCUGAAAGACCAAAUAUAUUGGAUGAUAUAUUUCCAUCAAAAGAAUAUUCACUUCAAGGAGUUUAUCGUGUUAAACUUUGUAUAGAAGGAGAAUGGAAAAUUAUAAUUGUUGAUGAUUAUUUGCCAUGUUAUGAAGGAAAUGAAAUGGCAAUGGCUGUUGGAAGAAGAAAUCAAUUAUGGGUUCCAUUGAUUGAAAAAGCUGCAGCAAAAGCGGUUGGAAGUUAUGCGAUGCUUCAUGGUGCUUUAGUUACACAGGGAUUAUCAAUGUUAACUGGAGCAGCUUGUGAUCAUUACAGUACUCCAGAAGAUGAAGCUGAUGUUGAAACAUUUUGGGGAAGACUGAUUAGCGCGAAAUUUUCGGGAUUUAUAAUGUGUUGUAGUAUUGGGAAAGACGGAGAGAUUAAAGAUGAAGAACUUCGUGCAAAAGGUCUUUUGGAAAAUCAUGCCUAUUCAAUUCUUGAUGUUGAUGAUCAAUAUGGUUUUCGUCUUUUGCGAAUCAGAAACCCAUGGGGUCGUUUUGUUUGGAAUGGAGAUUGGUCAAAUAAUUGGCCUAAUUGGCCAGCUGAAAUGAGGGAUAAUUUAUUAACGAAUAGAAUACAAGAAACAGGCGCAUUUUGGAUUGAACUUGGUGAUUUUAUAAAAAUGUUUGAAUCUGUCACAAUUUGCAAACUUCGCUCGAAUUGGAACGAGUUUCGACACAGUCAGAUUAUUGGAAUCGAUCAACCAACUAUUCAACUCAAUGUGUUUGAAACUUGUGAAAUAUCUCUGGAGGCUUUUCAAAAAGGAUCAUUUGCCAUGAAAACUGAUAAUUUGGUGAGUUGACAUUGAAUGGGAAGUUAUUGAACAAUCAAUAUCUGAUACUUUCAUCAUUAGAUAACACUAAUGUUUUUCUUUGAGUCAAAAAAGCGCCUAGAAGAACAUUAUUUAUGAAACUUUUUUUCAGAACGAUAUGAUGUUCAGUCUGCAUCGAAUUUCAACAGAUGGUGAGAUUGGUGCAAUGAUUGGACGAUCGUCAAGAAUCGCAAAAUCUCACCUAAGCAUUUCUGAGUUUCUCCUAAACCCUGGACAAUAUGUUAUAAUGUGUUUUAAUCUGAAAAACGAGAAUAAGAAGUCAUUAAUCAUGAACAUCGUAUGCCAUUCUUCCAAGCCAAUAUUCUGUGAAACAAUCAGACAAACUUCUAAAAUGCUCAAUCGUGCCAUAAGAAAAAUUGUGUUAAAAGAUGGAAUUGUAGUCAACGAUAUGGUAAGAAUUAUUUAUCAGUUAAAAAAAAACUUAUACUUAUUUUCUGUAAUUUCAGCAAUCGGGAACAGCCAUCCGAACUCUGACUCAUAAGUUUUGCGGGAUGAUAAUUAUGGCGGAUAACUUUUUGAAUAAUCGCUGGCUUCAUUUAAGAAUUGAUUGCAGCGAAUCAAUAAAUAUUCAAUCAACUCGAAAUUCACUCGAAACAAAUGAUAUUAUUCCACCAAUGUCAUAUGGUAUUGUGCAAGUUUUGUCGAAAAUUGAUGAAAUGAGCCAAUUUGGAGUGAAGUAUAAAUUGAAGGUAUAAUUAUUCUAUUACUUCUGAAAAAGAAAUCAUUUCGGAAUUUUCAGAAAAAAAUCCGUCGAAGGGAAUAUUUUGAUCCUAAUGUAAUUUACGAGGCUUCAAUUAUUCCGGACCUUCAAAAUUAUCCACUUCUCGAUGAUUCGGACCUGAUUCACACUUCUCACUCGCUCUUCUGUGACACUGAAUGA